AUGCAGCGAUCAUCACGUCUUGAAGAUCUGGACAUAACCCGCGAAGAAUUGGACAAAAUCGGUGAGUCAUUAAAAAAUGAAAAGUUUCGUGAAUUAUUUGGUGAAUAUAUUAAAGAAAUAUCUGAUCCUGAAAACAAGAAAAUUUACGAAAAAGAAUUAACACAAUUAGAGAGAGAUCGAGGAGUUGAUAUAAAAUUUGUUCAUCCUCAACCUGGUUAUGUACUCAAAACCUGUAUAGCUGGAGAAAAAAGAGCUUUUAUAAACAUUUGUUAUAAUGAUUUAAUGAAAGUGCCACGAUAUGAACUCGCGCAAGAAAACAAUAAAUCUGGUGUGUCUUGGAGUAUCCCUUACAGUCUUUCAGAAGCGAAAGAAGAUUACGAUAAAAAAUAUAAAAUAAUAACAAUAUACGAUGUAGUUUUUCAUCCAACUGCUCUUGACUACGCAUCAAAAAAUCCAAAAUUUAAACAGCUAUUGAACGACACCGCUUGCGAUGGUAUUGAAAAACAAUUUCAAGUUCAAUUGGAUAGAAAAAACUUAAAAUUAGUCAAGGGCAAAUAUAAAGGAAUGGCUAUGCCCACAGUUAUUAGAAAAGAUCUUCCAGGUGUAAAACCAGAUCCAAAAGAUAUUGAAUAUUAUGAUCAAAUAUAUCCAAAAGCCAAAAAGGCACCACCAAAAGUUAUACCAGAGUCGCCGUGUGUUAAACUGUCCAAACCAGAUGACUCGCCGUACACAAUUCCUAAAUAUUGUAUUAAACAUAGACAUGGUAUAGACAUGCAGGACUAUACGGAAAAUAUGAAUGCAAAAUUAUUAAUCACAGUUCCAUCGCAUAUUAUAGUAGAAAUACAACUACCAAUGCUCAAAUCUGCUAAUGGUAUGGAUUUGGAUGUUACAGAAAAAACUAUUGCAUUGCUUUGUGAGAAACCUUCAAAAUAUAAGUUGAACUUGACAUUACCGUAUCCGGUAAAUGCAGAUGAAGGUGUUGCAAAAUUUGAGAAGGAUAAACAACGAUUGGUAAUAACAUUGCCCGUUAGAAGAGACGUUUACAAUGCGUCUCCGCAGAUUCAACAAAAUGAAGAUUUUAUGGAUUUGCCGGAACAUGUUGACAGCGGUGUGGAUAGUGAUCCAGAAAUUCCAGAAAGCGAAGAAAAUAAUAGUGAAAACAGUAAAAUAGUUGUGCUAAACGAGACAAUAAAUUCUGAAUUAUCGGAAAAUGUAAUCGUUCAAUCAGAAGUCAAUGAAAAUCUCCCAUUCUUCCACGACGACAUUAUAUACGAACUACCAAAGUUUGAAAGCCAUAGAUCUGAGAAUAUUCUUAUUCUAAUCAUGGACGUUAAAAAUAUCUUGCCUGAUAGUUUAGUAUCCAGGGAAGAUGAAGACUUGUUUAAAAUAAAAUGCGCUUCGGUAGGAUCUGGUUAUUUUACUGUAAAUUAUGGUUUAUGUAUAAAAAUUAAUUGCAACAUCGUCGAGUUUGAAACUAGUAUAUGGUGUAACAAUAUAAAUGUUCAGCUUACUUUAGAUGAUAAAAAUAUUCCUAGUGAGUUUGAAGCUGGUGUAAACAGUCAGUAUUUGGAAGUGUAUCCGAUGCCUGAUAACGAAGGUAGCAAGGAAUAUGAAAAUGACUCAGAUGACUCUGAUGCAGAAAAAACAACAGAAGAAAUGAUGAACGUAAAUGAAAAAGAUGAUUCUUCUUCAAGUGAUUCAUCAAAUGAUGUUGCUUUAGAAAAUGCGCAGAGUAGAAAUAAUUUAUCAGUUGCUGUCAAAGAACGCCACGAAGAAACAACUAAUAAUCACAAUUUGGUCGGACACUGUCAAAUUAAUAGAUUUUAUAACGAUUCUGAUAUUUUAUCUGAUGUUCCCAGAGGAAUUUUAAAAUCAUCUGCAAAUAGUGAAGAUUUAACAAUUCAUGAUUCAAAUUCUUUAAUAAUAGAAGAAGACACUGAAAACAAGAAAUCAGUUAAAUUUGAAGACAAUGUUCAGCAAAAUGUGUAUAGAAAGAACUCAAGCAUUGUAGGUCAAAAACUUAAAAAUCAGCGUAAACAACGAAACAAGAAACGUGCGAAAGAUCUUAAAAAAGCUAAACAGGCAGAGGAAAAAGAAGUUUUAAGAGACUUUAUAUUACAAAAUGAACAUUUGAAAGGAUUGCCAAUAAAUGAUGAAGAGGUCAAGGAAGACUAUAUCAGUUUCCAGAGCGAUUUGAUAGUAAAGUUGGACAUGUAA